AACAGUGAUGCCGAAGAGAGAAUCUGUCGGAAACCUGUCAGAACGUUGGAUAAUGGUCAUUCUUCCAGACCUUUUCCAACUACUCUCCCUGUCCAUCAUGAAAAUCAAGAGCUGCAGUCUUAUGUAACUGCUGGUGCUACAGUCUCUCCUGAAAUCCAUUACAAUGAGCAUUUUGACUUUGAUAUCUUGGAUGAUCAAGGGCCAAAAAACUGUAACACAACUCCAACUCAAGAUAAUGAUGCACAGUUUCUUUCUCCAGAAUAUUUUUUACAGCAUUUGAAACCAAGGUCGUCUACAAACACACCGUUGGGUGAUCAGCCUCCCCAUAAAACUGGUAAUAUUAAAUAUAUAACCUUGAUGCAGGAAUUAGCAUUGACAUAUGGAGGAAGAUUUCUGUUUGAAGAAACAACAUCUGUAAAUGAUGUGCAAUAUGGCCUCAUGGCAAAUAGCUCUCAUGGUUAUUGCGUCUUCUGCAGAAAGAAUAAUGCUCACGCCACAUUCUACAGGUCUCAUACAUUAAAGGACAUGCGUGGGGCAUGCCAGUGCCCAGUAUUGAGAACAUAUAUUUGCCCUUUGUGUAGAAGUACUGGUGAUAAUGCUCACACACUCAAGUACUGCCCAUACAAUGUUGUUACUAGAGGAGACCCAAUAUCAGCAGGUCUUCGUCCAGGUAAAGUCACAAACUGGAGGAAUGUGGCAAAAGAAUUUCUUUCGAGAAAGUGAAUUAGGGAAAUAGAGGAUUAUGUCUAACUGCUUUUGCUUAUUAUUAAAGUAAUAAUGCAAAGGGGAACUAAGAUUUUAUUUUCUGUUUAAUGCAUCAUUGAAGAGCUUUGUAAUUGCUCUAGGCUAUGAAGGGUAUAUUAUAUCAGAAAAGUUGGGAAAGAGGCUCAUCUUGCAUCAGUGACAUUUUAUUAUUUUGGUGAUAUUUCCAUGCAGGUAUACUUGAAUCUGGAGAACUGAAAAGUUAUAGAACAUUAAUCUGUAUUGUCCAAAUUCAUUACUGCAUGUGGCAAUAUUCAUUUACUUAUUCACAUAUUUAUUUAUGGAUGUAUUUAUUUCCCCUGUAAUUUAUAUUUUUAAACUUCCAAAAUCAUUUUAGGUUUCUUCAAAGAACAAUAUAUAUAUAUAUAUGAUGUUAUUCUUAGGAACUAUUUUAUAGAAUGCACAAUGAGCAGUUAUUUGUUGAUGAAUACAAAUGCAUUUAUACCUGUGGUAUAUUAAAUGCAGCGUAGCAUGUCAAGUUCUAUAGAUUAUGUUGAAGGGUUACAGCUAAAAAAUAGCUGUUCAGCUUUUAUAACUUGGUGAUUUACUCCAUUUGAGUAAUGUUUAAAGGAAUGUGUAAAUUCAAAAGAAAAAUGUAAUGUUCUAAAUACUUUUGAAAUUUAAACUAAGCCAUAUUUCAUACCAUCCUCAUGUAUAAAUUUUGGCAGAUCAUUUUAUCUACGAAAAGGAAAUUAUUUUUAGAGGUAGGUCUUCAGUAACUACCAGUAGAAAAACAAGGCUAUUGGUAUUUUUAGAGGUAGGUCUUCAGUAACUUUACCAGUAGAAAAACAAGGCUAUUGGUAGAGAUACCAUGACAUUUUGCCAUUCUUAUCCUUUUCAAUAGUUUUUUAAAAAUUGUUGUUACUGAUGCCGUUGAUUAUCUAGAUAUUUUACUCUGUAAGAAUCUCCCGAGUGUUGUAAUCCAGUAUUUUUUUAUUGUAAUAUUCAGUUGAAGUCAUAUUUUCUCCAAGACUAAUUACCUACCUACUUGUGUAACAUCGUUUAAACAGUAGUGAAUGGUUUUGGUUUCUCCUUGUGGGGGAGAGUUGUAAACUUUCAUUCAGGCGACAAAGAGUAUUUUUAUGGAUGUCAAUGAUUUGGUCAGUUCAUAUUUUUGUUGUUCCUUGAGGUAAAGCAUUUUCUGCCUUUGGUUAUUUUUCUCUGGCAGACUUAGUCUUGGAAUGGUACACAUUCUACAUGUUUGAAAUUCCCUACUGUGGAAAUUUUACAUUCAAAUCAAGAAUGUUAUAUAAAAUGAUAAAAUCUACAUAAAUAUGACCAAAAAGCACAAUGUUCUAGAAAAGAAAAAGAAAUUUUUGAACUGUCACGAGUGAGAAGAUACAAACUUUUAACUUGACCUUUUUCAUACUAUCCUGUUUUGCAUGUUAGUGGACCAAUAUGUCAUUUUUACUUGAAAGUUGAUCUAAAUACUUUCACAGUUUUGUAUUUUUUAAUCCAUUUUGUAUUGAUGUCAAAGACUUAAUAUAUAGAAACAUUUUUAUUUGUGGAAAUAUAUUUUCAUAGAGCUGGCA